AUGGAACAGUUGCGAAAGUGUGAGUGCAUGGAACAGUUGCGAAAGUGUGAGGGCAUGGAACAGUUGCGAAAGUGUGGGUGCAUGGAACAGUUGCGUAAGUGUGGGUGCAUGGAACAGUUGCGUAAGUGUGAGUGCAUGGAACAGUUGCGAAAGUGUGAGUGCAUGGAACAGUUGCGUAAGUGUGAAUGCAUGGAACAGCUGCGUAAAUGUGAGUGCAUGGAACAGCUGCGAAAGUGUGAGUGCAUGGAACAGCUUCGUAAGUGUGAAGGCAUGGAACAGUUGCGAAAGUGUGAGUGCAUGGAACAGUUGCGAAAGUGUGAGUGCAUGGAACAGUUGCGUAAGUGUGAGUGCAUGGAACAGCUGCGUAAAUGUGAGUGCAUGGAACAGUUGCGAAAGUGUGAGUGCAUGGAACAGCUGCGUAAGUGUGAAUGCAUGGAACAGCUGCGUAAAUGUGAGUGCAUGGAACAGUUGCGAAAGUGUGAGUGCAUGGAACAGCUGCGUAAGUGUGGGUGCGUGGAAGAACAGGGUUAG